GUAAGCCAUUUCAUAUCAGGUUUACCGACCUUACCUCGCUCGCGCGAUUAACGCACGCCGUUGCCUCCGUGCGUGCGUGUGAGAGAAGGCGAAGGUGCGGAGUAUUACUUUCUUCGGCUCGGCGACGGCGACGAGGAGGGAAACUCCUCAUCGACUCUCGAGGCCGCUCUCAAAUUAGACCUCCGAUCCUGCCCUUCUAUUGUUACAGAGAGAAAGAUCGAGAUCGUGGCCGAGAUUGAGAGGGAGAGAGGCGAAUAUAAAGGGUAGGAAGAGGGAGAGGGGAUAUGGAGGGCUGGGAUCCGAGCACGAAGUCGGCGCUGACGCUCCCGCUAUUGUCGACGCGGGCGGGGCCGCGGGAAGGGUCGGCGUGGACGCAGCGGCUGAAGGAGGAGUAUCGCGCCCUGAUCGCCUACACCACCAUGAGCAAGUCCCACGACAACGAUUGGUUCCGCAUCUCCGCCGCCAAUCCCGAGGGCACCCACUGGUCGGGCACCUGCUGGUAUGUCCACAACCUCCGCCGUUACGAGUUCCAAGUCCAGUUCGACAUCCCCGUCACCUACCCCACCACCGCCCCCGAAAUCGAGCUCCCCCAGUUCGACGGCAAGACCCACAAGAUGUACCGGGGAGGCAAGAUCUGCCUCACCGUCCACUUCAAGCCGCUCUGGGCCAAGAACUGCCCUAGGUUUGGAAUUGCGCACGCCCUUUGCCUGGGCCUCGCGCCGUGGCUUGCCGCGGAGGUGCCGAUUCUUGUCGACUCCGGCGUUCUGAAGCACAAAGAUGAUUAGGCCUCCUUAGCCGGAUCUUGACGUCAUCAACAACAUCUGGGCCUUAACUGAUUCGGGGUCAAAUGCGUCUCAUCCAAGAUACGUUCUCCGACGCCGAAAGCUUGCUCUAAAUCUGUUGCCAACGAUGAAGGUUGCGAAUAUGUUGGGUUUUUCUGGUAGGAGUAUUCUUAUGUCUGUUUUGUCUACAUUUUAUAUGGGCUAACAAAAGAAUUAGCUUUAAUUUGAAUUUUCUAAUAUGAACUCUCUGAGAGGGUGGGUGGUCACUACUUGGAACUGAAAGAAAGCUUUUAUGAGUUCCAAUUUGCUUUUUAUCAUCAUUCAGUGGAGUAUCUAUGUGUUUUAUAAACUAAGCUGAGGAUCCAUACAACAAAUUGGAAUGGCGGCUCUAAACCCAUUGGACUUGAGGUUUGCAACUUGGACUGUGUGCCGUUUGCAGAUUGAGAUGUCACACAAUGCACCCACCAUACAGAAAUGUGGAUUAGUAUUUUGCUCAAGACAGUAGUUGUCGAACACCUUUUCUUCUUUGUAGUAUCAAUUCUGUUCAAACCGACAGGUACUUUUAGAUUUAUUAACUCAGUUAGUUUUGAAGCAUUUUGCAGGAGAGAAUGGCAGCAUCCGGCAGCUCCAUGAUGUUGUUGUGGAUCGAAAGUUUGUGUGUGUGGUUCCUUUUCAUUUUUAUUUUUGUUGAACCCUGUUUGUUCCGUAAUUUGGAUCUGAUAGACAAACUAUCUUCUGCCUUUUUAUGUCAUGUCUGAACUGAACUAUGCUGAGAUUAGGAGGGAAUAUGUGAGACGUUUAACA